UGGGAAUUCGGAGCUUUGGCGUUGCCCUCUCCCCCGCUGCCAACAGAUGAAACGUGGAAGAAAAGUAACGUGCGUGGCGUUUUGGAGAAAGUAUUUGUGUAUAAACUAGACGUGGACAAGAAAACCAGUGUUCAACUGACACAGAGUCGAAGUUUUCGCGUCUGAAUCGUAACUUUUCAUUCACCACCAUGUCCAAAUCCCAGAACAAGGGCUUCACCAAAGAAGAGGAGCUGCUCCUGCAGGACUUCAGCAGGAACGUCUCGACAAAAUCCUCAGCCCUGUUCUACGGCAACGCACUGAUUGUUUCCGCCGUCCCCAUUUGGCUGUUCUGGAGGAUACACCUGAUCGACAUUUACUCUUCCCUGGUGCUCUUCGUGGUCGUAACCUCCAUCGCAACGUAUUUGCUCGCAUUGGCCUACAAGAACACGAAAUUCACCCUCAAGCACAAGAUCGCCGUCAAACGGGAGGAAGCUGUGACCCGCGACUUGUCCAAGAAGCUGUCCGAAGACAAGAAGAUGAGCAAGAAGGAGAAAGACGAGCGGAUUUUGUGGAAGAAGAACGAAGUCGCGGAUUUUGAAGCCACAACUCUUUCAAUUUUCUACAACAACGCCUUGUUCUUGACUAUUGUUAUCAUUUCGAGCUUUUAUCUGCUCCCUUCGUUCACCCCUCCCGUCAACUACACCGUCUCCAUCGGGGCCACAGCAGGGCUCCUGGCCCUGCUUUCAACCGGUUCUCAAUAAAAAUCGUUCAUUUUGUAAUUAUUUAUUUGUUUAAUAAAAUAAAUGUAAAUAUAAA